GAAUUGGUUGUAGAAAGAGAAGAGAGAGAGAGAGAGAGAGAAGAAGGGGGUGGUGAAAAGAGUUUUUGGCAUCUUUGUUUGUUUCCGUUUCCCUCCAUCUUUUCCUUUAACUGAACACACUCUCUCUUACACAUGGACGCAGCCGGAGGACCUCCCUACAAUCCCCGUUCCGUCAACGAGGUUUUCCGAGAUUUCAAGGGCCGCAGAGCCGCCAUUGUUAAGGCCCUCACCACCGAGGUUGAAUUGUUCUACCAGCAGUGUGAUCCAGAUAAGGAAAAUCUUUGCCUUUAUGGAUUUCCUAACGAGCACUGGGAAGUCAAUCUACCUGCUGAGGAGGUUCCUCCAGAGCUUCCAGAACCAGCAUUAGGUAUUAACUUUGCCAGAGACGGGAUGGAAGAAAAGGACUGGCUAUCCUUGGUUGCCGUGCACAGUGAUACAUGGUUAAUUUCUGUGGCUAUGUAUUUUGGUGCAAGAUUUGGAUUUGAUAAGGCUGAUAGGAAGAGUCUUUUUAGUAUGAUAAAUGAUCUUCCAACAAUAUUUGAGGUUGUUGCUGGGAAGGCCAAGAAACAAGGAAAGGAGAAGUCAUCAGUCUCUAAUCAUGACAAUAACAAAUCUAAAUCAAACUCUAAGAGAGGUUAUGAAUCACAAGAAAAGCAUUCAAAAUCAAUGGAACCAAAGGAUGAGAGUGCUUUGGGAAAGGAUGAUGAUCAUGGAGAUGGACUAUGCGGGGCAUGUGGAGAGAACUAUGCUCAUGUUGCUGACGCUGACGAGUUCUGGAUUGGCUGUGACAUUUGUGAGAGGUGGUAUCAUGGGAAAUGUGUGAGGAUUACUCCUGCGAAGGCUCAGAAUAUCAAGGAGUACAAAUGUCCAUCUUGCAGCAACAAGAGAGUUCGUCAAUAGUACUUCCUACUUUAUUUAUUUCAGAUUUAUAUUAGGUACUUCUAUUGAAUGCAAACUUUGGAUAUUUAUGACUGCUUAUUUGUUUACGUCAACUGCA